GAUGAGAUGAGAUGAGAUAGAGAUGAGAUGAGAGAGGCUACGAAGACCACAACGGCAGCAAAGGCCAAUCAAUCAGUCAAUCAUUCAGUUUCAGACAAGCACGCGAUUAGAAUGCCGUGUCUCGACAUCUCCACCAACGUUAAUCUCGACGCCGUCGACACCGAUCCUCUCUUCUCCGACCUCACCCAAGCAGUUUCUCGCAUCGUCGGAGUCUCCGAAAAUUUGGUGAUGAUACUAAUAAAGGGUUCGGUUGGCCUAACAUUUGGAGGGACAAAGGAGGCAGCAGCAUUUGCAGAAAUAGCAUCAAUGGCCGACAUAAAUACAAACAUCAAGAGACAACUAAUUUCAACAAUUGGUUCGAUUUUAGAGACUAAAUUAUGUAUUCCCAAGACAAGAUUUGUCCUUAAAGUCUUCAAUAUAACUUCCUCCUCUAAUUCCAAAUUGUAAUCACCACUUUUAUUUUCAUUUCAAAUACUUCUUUGUCCAUCCCACAUUAAGUGUCCCUAAUUUUUAUAUCA